AUGUAUGCCGUUGUGGUAUCAAAGGAUGGUAGAUGGGUCAUCACUGCUGGUGGAGAUUUUAAUCACACUGGUCCUGGGGAGAUCAAAGCCUAUGAGGUUGAAACGGGGGUUAUUAAAACGUUUCAAGGUCACACAUGAAUGGUCACUUGCAUCAACUCCUCUGCAGACAGUACACUCCUGGCAAGCGGGUCAUGGGAUGGCACAGCACGAGUAUGGAGCUUGCACACCGGCAAACUGGUGGCUGGGCCAUUCAAGAGCAUUGAUUGGCCGGGCGCAGUUCUAUUUUCGCCAAACUCGAAGAAACUUGCAGUCAAGUCAGAGACUGGGAAGUGCAUGGAGAUUUGGGAUGUUCAAUCACAAAAAUUGGAUACGAGAGCAGGGGGAUUCAAGUUCGUCGGCAAACCCUUCACAUACACGCCACUUUUCUGGACAAACAAAAACAAAAACAUCCUGGCCGCGUUCAGCUUCACAGAUAACGACGUUCCCAGUAUGAUCUAUGAGUUCGACGCGAUGACGCUGCAAACUUCUGGAGAUCCUUUCGAAGGGCACACCGAGAUUGUCACCGGAUUAGCACUUUCAUUUGAUGGUGCUCUCCUGGCCAGUGCUUCCAAUGACAACACCAUCAAGCUCUGGGCAUUCGAGUCCCGCCAGCUUCUCACCUCCUUUAGCGUCCAAAACCCUUUCUGCCUUGUCUUUUCACCUGUCUCACGCCAGCUGGCUUAUACUACCCACACCGAGAAAAAAAAAGACAAUAAUAUCUUUAUAUGCAAUACUCCGGCCAGUAUACUUAUUCGCCGCUCUAAUUGAUAUUGUUCAUGUACUGAUAUUCUCUUAUAGGUCAGUGCGCAUCUGAAGUCUGGCCCCGGUGAUCUACUGAAGUCUGAUGCAACUCAUCGUUCGGCUGCGACACGCCGUAACCCAUCGACAUUGCCCGUCA